UUUGUCUCUGCUGGACGCAGCUGAAGGCGCACCUGAGGGCUGAGGGCACGGGGAGGGGGGACCGGGGGACGCCCCAGCUCUCAGCAUCGCUUUCCUCACAGACUGACCAGGAAAGGAUUCGGGUCUGAAGGGCUGAGGAUCGGGGUGCCAAGAUGGCCAGAGGGAGUCUGUGUCCACAGCUUGCUCUCUGGGUCUGCCUGGUGGUGACAGCAGCCCUCGGUGAAGAGCAGGAGAACAGGCCCUUUGGUGAGAAGUGCCUGGAGGGCUUCACAGCCGGGAUGCCGGGUUUGGUGCUGGAUACAGACGCCUCAGUCCAGAAUGGAGCCACCUUCUUGUCGUCCCCCAUGGUCCAUCGGAGCAGGGACUGCAUGAGAGCCUGCUGCAAGGACCCCGCUUGUAACCUGGCUCUUGUGGAGCAGGUCCCAGGCAAGGAGGAAGACCACAUCCAGGGCUGCUUUCUCCUCAACUGCCUCUACAAGCAGGCUUUUGUCUGCAGGUUUGCCAGGAAGAUCGGCUUUCUCAACUUCCUGAGGAAGGACGUGUACGAGUCCUACCUGGCGAUGCAGGAGCACGGAUCUGGUGAUGACCGUCCUCCGACAGCCCGCACUGGCAUGGACAUGAGGGUGCAGCCAGGGGAGCCCGUGGUGCUGAGAGGCACAGAGAGCACGGAUGACAGAGGAAUAGUCAGCUAUGAGUGGAAACAGGUCCUCGGCGACCCCUCUGUGGAGAUGAAGAAGCAUGAAGAAGAUCAGGUGGAAAUCUCCAACCUGCAGCCGGGAACUUACGUUUUCCAGCUCACCGUCACGGACACUGCACAACAGCAAGACUUCACCAACAUCACCAUCAUGGUGCUGAAUGCUGAGCAGACUGAAGAGCAUUGUUUGAGUCCUAAGAAGGUGGGUUGGUGCCGGGGAUCUUUUCCACGUUGGUUUUACAACCCAAGCCUUCAGCAGUGUGAGGAGUUCAUUUUUGGUGGCUGCAAGCCCAACAAGAACAACUACUUACGGGAAGAAGAGUGUAAACUGGCCUGCAAGAAUGUCAGAGGUUCCGUGGGCGGGCGACAGCAGCCAGUGUGCAAUGGGAAGUGCCAGUCCCCCUACUUCAGAUGCAAGGAUGGCUGCUGCAUUGAUGCCUAUUUGGAGUGUGACGAAACUCUCGACUGUGCCGAUGGGUCGGACGAGAUGUAUUGUGAACAGUAUGCUCGUGAGUUCAAUAGGCUGCAGAAACUCAACAUCACGCAUAAGCGAGAUCACUGUGUGGACCUGCCUGAAACUGGACAGUGCACUGAGAGCAUCCCCCGCUGGUACUAUAAUCCCUUCUCUGAGGAAUGUGACCCCUUCACCUACGGGGGCUGUGGUGGCAACAACAACAACUUCGAGAAAGAGGAAGAGUGCAUGAAAUCAUGUUCAGGCAUCACAAAAGCAGAUGUCAUUGGCCGGAGAUGGGAAUCAUUUGAGCCCCAAAAUGCCAUCUUAAGUGUCUUUGAGGUGGUGAUUGCUGUGCUCCUGGGGAUCUGCAUCAUGGUAGUCCUGGUGAUCAUUGGCUACUUCUUCCUGAAGAACAGGAAGAGGAACAGCCGCCGCCGUCAGCCAGCCACUGCUACCAACUCAACCCUCUCCACCACAGAGGACACUGAGCAUCUGUUUUACAGCGGUGCCACCAAACCAGUCUGACCUACAGCCUCUCUCUCUCCAGCCCAGCACUGGAGCACUCCACAAAACUUCUGUUUUUAGACAGGGGCCUGAGCCUGAGGGGCUCUUUCUCUUCGAAGACAUUUGUAGCACCAGGCCAAGAUCUAGCCACGAUUUGACAGUACGAGUGUUUGUGAUUGUCUUGGCUAAAUUGCUGCUUUGGAAAGUGAGGAUCUGGGAGCAUUUUGGUGCUCUCUGAUGUCUGUCCUUUCCUAACUUCAAACAAUCCAGUGAAACUCUGAACUACAUCUCUCUUCCUGCUGAAAUCCAGAGCACAGCUCUGCUCAACUUACUGAAGGACCCUGGGACUGGACCUGUGUAGCAUUCGAGAUGCUGAAUGGUGCAAGCUCAUCAGAGACAGCAGUUUGGUUUUGUUUGCAGUGCCACUUUCUUCCACCCAACUCCAUGUUUUCUUUCCUUUCCCCUAAUCCUCUGUAAGGUGGCCCUGCCUCCCAGCAGUCCUGCUCACAGUGAGCCUCUUGAGGGCUGUGAGAUUCACAUAACCAUCCAGACCUGUUCCAAGGGCUCUGUGACGCUCUCCAGUGGUUCCUGCUUUUGAGAUGGAAGGAAACAGAAACCCCUGCUUUAAUCACUAGGCUUUGCUUUUUAGCAGAAAAGCAUGCCUAGAUAUGUUUUUUCUGCCUGGUUGCCAUGUUGCAGCCUCCUGUGUACGGUACGUGCCCACUGUUUUCUCUCUGUGUUGCCCUGGUUGCUUUUCCAGUGCUCAGUCUGAACCUAAACACAUUGACAAAAUAUUUAUUCUCAUGUGAAAGGAAGGGCAAUGUCCCUGCUUUUCCUGAUGACAAUGAGAGGAGAGUGGAAAGACCCAGCUCCCUCACAGCUGGACCUUUGCUGCAGCGUUGAUUUUACUGCCCUCUACUCCACACACACAGCCUGACCUGAGUCCUUGACAUCUCCCAGAGCACAGGAUGGGUCUGGCUACCACCAGCUAACAUCCCUGGGCCUCCUUGCUGCUGCUGCUGGCCUGUCCCUCCCAGUGUGAGAUGAGCCCAGCCCUAGGAGGUCCAGAGAUCAUCCCUUGCCCCAUGGCAACAUGCGACAUCCCCAUUUCAGUGAGGUCCUGUAUGUUCCCCCGUAGGUUGUUUGCAGUGAGAUGCCUUCCAGAUCUGUACUUCUGCAUCUCUCCUGUCCAGGCUUCUACUUCCAGGAGCUGAGGACUUUUGAUGGGGGCAGAAGCUGCUAUUUCUGAAGUGCCUGGUGUGUUUGUUGGCUGUGGGGCUGGCACCAGCCCCCAAACUUCCAGUACCUGCUGCUCUUGGAAGACUGCUGUGAAGAGAGAGGAAAUUUGUGUGUGUAAGAACCAUAAAUCUAUGUACAGACUUUGGUUUAAAUGUCCAGGGCUGAGGGCAGAGUGGCUCUGGAAGGUUCUGGUGAGGCCAUGUCCUGCUUAGGGCCCGGCACAGGUCUUCUGAAGUGCAGCUCCAGGAGAGCUGCCUCCUUGGGCUUAUGCCUGGGCUGGAAGGGAAGAAACCACUGCCCACAGUCUGCUGGCAAUCUGACUGCACACUUCUCCCCAUCAUGGGCAUCUGCCUCAGGGUCCCUGGGGCUGGUCAGAUUCCUCCACGGCUUUUCGUGAUCUGUCUCAUAUCAUUUCUUCCAUCUCUUUGUUUUCCCCACAGCCUAUCAUGGCCUAUGCAAUAAGCUUAACAUCUUGAUUUAAUAUUUUGUGUGCUCACU